AUGUUUUCCAGAGAGUUCAUUUAUUGCAAGAAGACCAAAGUGGGGUGUGUUUCUGUAUUCCAGGGACAGCCCAGCCCUCAGGGACCAAACCCAGCCCCAUCCAGAGUGGAAGCCACCAGGGAAUCACAGUACAGACCUCGGGCUGUCCUGCCAGGCUGCUGCAGAGAAACUCCCACCAGGAGGGUGAAGGAGCAGGCAAGCAGGAGGAGGAUGGCAGAAAUGGAGCUGAGUAAGAAGUGCCCCCUGGUGAAUGGCAGGGCUGCCAAUGGGCAGGACAGCACCUGGAUCCUUCCCAACUUGCCCAGUAAGUGCACAUGGACAGCCACAACGUCUGCCAGCAAGUCUCCACACUCCUGUGUUCCCUUGACAGAAGAAAAGAAGAUCUUGCCCAAUAUCCUCAAGAAAAUUGGCCACACCCCAAUGGUCCAAAUCAACAAGAUUGGGAAGUCCUAUGGGCUCAAGUGUGAGCUCUUGGCAAAAUGUGAGUACUUCAACGCGGGGGGCAGCGUGAAGGAUCGCAUCAGCCUCAGGAUGGUGGAGGAUGCUGAGAGAGCUGGGAUUAUUAAACCAGGAGACACCCUGAUUGAACCCACAUCAGGAAACACAGGCAUUGGGCUGGCCCUGGUGGCUGCACUCAAGGGUUACCGCUGCAUCAUCGUCCUGCCAGAGAAAAUGAGCAUGGAGAAGGUCGAUAUCCUGAAGGCCCUGGGUGCUGAAAUCAUCAGGACGCCCUGCACUCGCUUUGAUGCCCCUGAGUCCAAUGUCCGCGUGGCCUGGAAGCUGAAAAAUGAAAUCCCAAACUCUCACAUCCUGGACCAGUACAGAAACCCCAGCAACCCCCUGGCUCACUACGACACCACGGCCGAGGAGAUCCUGGAGCAGUGUGAAGGCAAGGUGCACAUGGUGGUGAUUGGGUCUGGCACAGGAGGAACCAUCACUGGUGUGGCCAGGAAGCUGAAGGAGAAGUGCCCAGAGUGCAAGAUCAUUGGUGUGGACCCUGAUGGCUCCAUCGUCGCCCUGCCCAGCGAGAUGAACAAGAGCAACACCACAACCAUUGAGGUGGAGGGCAUUGGGCACGACUUCAUCCCCACUGUCCUGGACAGAUCUGUGGUGGAUCAGUGGUACAAAAGCAACGACAGAGACUCGUUCCUCAUGUCCCGCAGGCUGAUCAGAGAGGAGGGGCUGUUGUGUGGUGGCAGCUCGGGCAGUGCCAUGUCUGUGGCUGUGAGAGCUGCCAGGGACCUGCAGGAAGGCCAGCGCUGCGUUGUCAUCCUGCCCGACUCCGUCCGGAACUACAUGUCCAAAUUUGUGAGUGAUCAGUGGAUGAUAAAAAACGGGUUCCUAAAUGACACCCAGGAGCACAAGCCUUGGUGGUGGAACAUCAAGGUGCAGAAACUGAAUCUCUCGGCCCCUCUCAUCCUCCUCCCAGAAGUCAGCUGUCAAAAGGCAAUUGAGAUCCUGCAGGAGAAGGGAUGUGACCAGGCUCCUGUUGUUGCUGAGUCAGGGCUUAUUUUGGGAAUGGUGACCCUCAGCAACACCCUGAGCUCCGUGCUGGAUGGAAAUGUGGAGUUCUCAGACCCUGUCACCAAGGUCACCUACGACCAGUUCUCCAAGAUCAGCCCGGAGGACAGCCUUGGGAAGCUUUCCUGCCUCCUGGAGAACGACCACUUUGCCAUCGUUGUACACGAGCAGAUGCAGUUCAGUGGAAAUGGCAACUCCUUCACGAAGCAGACUGUGCUUGGUGUGGUCACAUCCAUGGAUUUCUUCACCUUUGCCAACAGGAAUGAGAAGAAGUAG